GAUGAUGGUCUUCAAGAUCCCUUGGACGUUGAAAACACAAGCAAUGGACCAGAGCAAAGCAAAGGGCCAGAAGCACCUUCUCAACUACCACCACGUGAAGAGAGGGACAACAGCCACAAGCCAAGCACUGGACCAGAGCAAAGCAAAGGGCCAGAAGCACCUUCUCAACUACCACCACGUGAAGAGAGGGACAAUAGCCACAAGCCAAGCACUGGACCAGAGCAAAGCAAAGGGCCAGAAGCACCUUCUCAACUACCACCACGUGAAGAGAGGGACAAUAGCCACAAGCCAGACGAAGGACCAGAGCAAAGCAGAGGGUGAGCAAGGUCGUGAUAGCAAAGAAGAUGUGCCAGGUGAGCAAGGUCGUGAAGGUGGUGAUGAUGAUGAUCAAGUCGUGGAGCAGCCUAGCCUUAUCGGGGCUACCGAGAAGCAGAAGGAGAUCCUUAAAGACUACGAGUGUUCGGAAUACGAGCCAUCACUUCCAGGUGAUGAUGAAGGCGUUCCGCAUGAUGAAGAUCAACCAGACCCUGGCGAGCACGAUCGCGAAGGAGGAUUGCGUCCAGACUGCGAACCUCCUGAGAGUACGGUACUUAUGUUCGCCAAGGCCCUGAAGACCAACGCAGGUACAGAAGUGAAAAGUGCGAUUCAGGACAUUGUUCUCUACCUCGAUGCUCACGGGCUUCCUACUUAUCGGUUUCAUGCUGACCGUGGAGAGUGUUUCAGUCACAGCAUCCGUGGAUGGCUACGAGAUCGACACAUCAAGGCUUCGUGGUCGGAGGCAGGCGUGCCUCAAGGAAAUGGGCGCGCAGAGGCGGCGGUGCGAUGGGUCAAGGACCGAACGAGGACACUGUUGUUGGGGAGCUCAUUGCCUACGACUUUGUGGCCCACGGCGGCGGAAAUGGCGGUGGCUCAGCAGAGGGCACGAGUAUUGGGAUGGAAGUCCAAACUUAUCGCCCCUUACGGAGCGGCGGUCUUGGUGAAGGAAAAGGCCUUUGAUGCUCAGGGACCCCGUCGACGUGACAAGGCCUUCGAGACCAAGUGGAUUCGAGGCCGUUAUGUUGGACUCAGCAAUCUACUGGAAGGGGGUCAUGUUGUACACGUUCCGGAGUCGGAAGCUAAGAAGGGAGGAGGGUUUUUGCCGGAGCUCGUCGAGAUGAAGGUUCUGGCCCUCAAUGAGAGUGAGUUGGGUGCAUAUGCUAAAACCAAGGCAAAGCUUAUCCUCGAGGACUGGGACGUGACAAAGGCAACGGAACUCGUUGGAGAGCUUGGCGAGGCUGGUUUCUUUGAGGACAAGAAGUUCGGAGUUUAUAGGCAUGGUGGGAGUGUGGGAUGGAUGAAGGGCCUACCCGACCAUCCUGAACUGGGGACGCUGUUGGCCAAGAUCAUAUUGGAGUUCUCCCCGGAAGCGACCUUUACCUCUAUUAUGGUUUCGAAGGACUGUGAUCGGGGCUACCACAAGGACACGAACAAUGACAGCAGUACCAAGAACUACAUAGUCCCAAUUAGGACUCCGGAGCGAGGUGGAGCGUUGUGGGUGGAGCUACGACCUGGUGACCUUCUGGUGGGCGAUAUUCUACAACGGGCCGACAGGCAAGGGCGAGUUCACUAUGGACAGGUCCACGAGAUGAAGGAGGGAAGGGCUGUGGAGCUAGAUCCAAGGCGAGCACACGAAGUUCUACCAUGGGCCCUGGACUCCUACGGGUACCCAACGCCGUUGUCACAGUUGCCAGAGUACUUUGUGAAGGUUCCAGAGUCAGGCCCCAAGUUGGACAAGGUGGAGGUCCAGGAGGAGCCGGUCACAGACAACGACGAGGGCGGCAGCUUGAGCGACGAUGAUUGGGAAAUGUUCGUCGAAGCGGAAAAGGGAUGUGUCAAAGUGGGAACCUCGUCAAAGGGGAGCUUGCGUCAGGACUUUCCUAGAGUGAACAAGACGGAAGUGACCUACACGAAGGACGUGGAGCAGAUCCUGGCCAACCUCACCGAACCCCUCAGAGUGACCUACACAGUGGAUCCACGAGAGGCGCUACUACAUCUAGAUGAGUGGAAGGAAGCCAUCGCUCAGGAGGUCAAGGGCAUUGAGGUAGCAAUCCGAAGACUAAUGCCCGGGACACCAGAGAGGGCGUUGUGGCUCCAGAAGAAGGGUGUGCAGCGUCUACCAACCAAGCUGGUCUAUACCAUCAAGCCGAACGAUGCAGCUGAUCCAGCCGACAAGAAGACGUGGUUUCGGAGGAAGGCUCGACUGGUCGUUUGUGGAAACAUGGCGACGAGCUCAAUGUCUGAUUACUACUGUGAAACGGCUCCUACGGAGGCUGUGCGGGCUGGAUUGGCUAUGUCGCGUUCACGAUGUUGGCAGGUGGCACUAAUCGACGUGGUCGCCGCCUUUAUCCUCACCCCGAUCGGCGAGUCAGCGCGAGAUCCAGUCAUUGUGGUUUGCCCGCCAAAGGUGUUGGAGAGGCUAUCAUUGACUUUGCCUCAAGAACUGUGGGGCUUGAUUAGGGCCCUAUACGGUUUGAGGGAGGCACCAAUGCUCUGGUCGGCCUACCGCGACAGGACGUUGGCUAGCAUGGUUACGCCGUCUGGGUGGCGCCUCAAGCAGGGCAGAACCGUAACAUGUUGGUGGGUGGUUACAGACGAGUCGGGAGACAUGAAGGCGCUGAUCAUCAUAUACGUUGAUGACAUGCUAAUCAUUGGGCUGGAGGACGCGGUGAUGGAAGUGGCCAAUCUGGUACAGAGUGUAUGGGCUACAAGUCCGUUGACCUUUUUGCGACGGGAUAAUCCACUCAGGUUCCUUGGGAUGGAGCUGUCUAUGACCGACGAUGAGUCAAUGAUUCUGGUGGGACAGCAAGCCUACAUCGAGGAGUUGUGUCGCAACUAUGGCGUCCAGAAGCCCGACAAGAUCCCUGUAAGCAAGGAGACCGCAAGCUUCAGCGUGAUGGACGGGGACAUGGAAGCAGAUGAGGGUGGCAUUGCUCAGGCUCAGCGGGUCACAGGAGAGUUGUUGUGGAUAUCCCAGAAGACCCGGCCAGACCUGUCGUAUGGAUGCUCAUUGUUGUCCUCGCUUACCCUUAAAGCCCCGUACCGAGCGGUGGAGGUGGGAACAAAGAUGAUCAGGUACCUAUAUGGCACCAAAACGUGGCGCAUGGCCUUUCGGAAGGGAGACAACACCCUCACAAUGUUCCCCGACGCCGCCUUCGCGCCGGAGAGUGAAAGAAGCCAUACAGGGUGGUUGGUGGUAUGGGGAAAGAACCCCAUUGCAUGGCGAUCGUCGCGCCAGCCAACCAUAGCGCUGUCAACGGCGGAAGCAGAGCUGACAGCCAUCCUUGAAGGCGCCGUGGCUUUGUUGGGGAUAGAGACCCUCUUGGUGGACCUCUCGGAGGAGAUUGAGGUGAGGAGGAUUGUCUGCACUGACCAUCAGUGCAGGGAACGGCUCAUGGAGGACACGUCAUCUUAG